GAGCCAGGCGCCAUUUUGUUCGCCAGCGAAGCAGCGAAUGGACGAGGCCAGCAGGACCGCUGAACACUCCUCAUACAUCAAACCGAAUAUUCUUAAUUCCAGUCGGUAUUAACUGGUUAUGCAAGAACGUGUUCUUCAUCCAGAGGAUAACUGGAUAUUUGACUGCAUUAGUUUCCCUGAAGAUUGCUGCUUUUUUUUUUUUUAUCUCACCAUUGAUUGUUUUUUCCCCCCAUUGGGCAUUUUUCCCCCUUCAAAGUUCCAGUCCACCCCAUUUAAAUUUUCCACCCAGCAUCAGGAGAUGGAGAAGACAUCCCUUUUUUCUUUCCAUCACCUACAAGAUAUGCAGUCCCUUGGCUCUGCUUUUUGACAUCAUCUAGCUUGCAGUUUUUUUUAAACUUCCCAAACCACUUUGAAUUUUCAACAUUAUUGGAGAAAAAAAAAAAAAGGACAUUUUCUACCAUCGACUAAUUUUAAAGCAGUCUAAUGGGAACAGGUCUCUAAGAGAGGCACAAUAGGCCACAAGUUGCCUCUCUCACUCUGUUCAGUCUUUACUCAUCAGUCAAGUAUUCCUUCAGGAUCCACAUAGUGCGGAGUGACCCUUCAAGAAGUGCUUGAGAUCACCAGGAAACAUCUCAGCCACUGCAGGGAGAUUCACGUGAAGCCUGUCGCAGGCAUCCGGGACGAGAUCCCAACAUCGCUGAAGAGCUCCUGACCUGGAAGUGUACAGACUUGUGCCAGUAUGACCAUGCAAGGAAAUGACUGCUAUUUCUACUACUACUCCACCUGUACCAAGGGUGACAGCUGCCCUUUUCGUCACUGUGAGGCUGCCAUGGGUAGCGAGACUGUCUGCACCCUAUGGCAAGAGCAGAGGUGCUUUCGCCAAAUCUGCAAGUUUCGUCACAUGGAAAUAAAGAAAAACCGCAAGACGAUCCCGUGCUAUUGGGAGAAUCAGCCGGAAGGCUGCCAGAAACCUCACUGUGCUUUCCAUCAUGAGAAGUCACGCCUCAUUGAUGGGAUUUGUUUCCCUCCAGAUGAAGGGCAAGGAGUGCGGAAGGAAAAAGAAGAUGCCCCACAUGAGGACCAAGUCAUCCAACUCCCUUCACCCUUUGCUCCCCCCACCAACCCACAACUUAGAGGGGUCAUUAGAACUGAGACCCAAGAAAAUGUGCCCAGCCCCACCCAUCCACCCGUGGUCAUCAACCCUGUGGAUGAUGAUGAUGAGGAUGACCAGUUCUCAGAGGAAGGAGAUGAAUCUUUUGGAGGCUCACCAAGGAAACUGAUCAAAAAUGAUAAUCUGAAUUUUGGAAUCCAGACACUAGAGGAGAUCAGAUUGAGGAAGGCACUUUUGGCCAAUUUAAGGAUGACUGGGCAGUCCACCAUGCAAGGUUCUGAUCAAAACAAUGGAACUGCUAUUGAAAAGGAAAACAUUCACUCUUUCUCCAAGAUUGAUUCUCCUGUUAAUGAAAUUGGAAAGAGAAAAAUUACAGACAGACUUGGGAAAAGAAAUUUUAAAAGAGAUGUUCCUGUGGAUGGAGAAAUACCUUUGAAACGGUGCAUUGCUGAACGUCUUGGUGGAAUUGUUGAAUCAUCCACAGAGCAUGCAGACAUGCCACCACAGAAAGCUCAGAAACCAGUGCGUGAAAGACUUGGAUUGGCCACUGACCUCGCUACCACUGAUAUGGAGCCAAAGUCAUCUGGAGAUAUUCGUAUAAAAUCCCUUGAGGAGAUUCGGCAAGAGAAAGCUGCCAGAACCCUCAAAGUGAGUAAAGUGGUCCGUGUUGUGAAAGAAGUCCCAGCAAAAGAGCCGAGCCCUUCCAAGAAAACUGCUGGUGGAGCUCAAGUUAAGACUUUCUCUGAAAUCCUUCAUGAAAAGAAAAAACUACAGGAGAAACAAGCCCAGGAAGCGAAAGCAGCUGCCAGAAGCCCAGAGAGAAACGAGGGGCCAGCCACUGCCGGAGCUGCAGUCAAGGCCUCUGUUGCAGCUGGAGAGGUGAGAGUAAAGACACUGGAGGAGAUACGCAGGGAGAAGGCUGCACGAAUGCAGGCACAACUGAAAGAGACGACAAAUGACAAGACCCCAUCUUCAAAUGAAGCGGAGUCUAGUGCAGCUCCAAAGAGGCACAUACUUCGCAUUAACAAAACCUUACCAUCUACAAACGCUGCGAGUCAGACAAAACUAGAUGCAUCUGACAAGAAACUGGGACCUGCUAUAGAGGCAAAUGGGAAAGGGAAAACGUCUGGCAAAACUGUUAAAGUGAAGUCUUUUGAGGAGAUCAUGCAAGAGAAGAGACUCCGCAAGCAGCAGGAGGAGCAAGGCACUUCCACCAUCCAGAAAGAAGCAGGACCAGCCUCACCUGCUGCCUCACCACCAGCCUCUGAACCCUCCACCAAGCCUCAGACCUCUGUGAGACAGCGCAUCACCCUCAAACCCAAGACCCUUCCAAUCCCUGCUGCUGUAGUUUCCCAGCAGAGCUCCCCUGAGCAGUCUGGGGAGAGUGAUCGAUCUUCAAAGACACUGACGACCCCAACCCCUGCAGUGAUACCUGUCCAGCUAGCUGGGGGAAGCAUUCAAACAUUGGAGACCAAAGUGAAGCCUAAGGUCAAUGUGAAGCCAUCAGUGAUGAAGCCAGCAGCUCAGCUUGACCUAAAGAGAAAAGCUUCUAAAGUUCAUCACUCUGCUGUUGCUGAAGUGAAACCUCUUAACACUGCCCAUCAAACACCGUCAUCAUUAAAUAUUCCGAACAAACGGCUUAAGUUGGCUUCACCAACCUCUGCGAAGGAUGGUCAGUCUGACACUCAGCAGGUGCCCUCUGACACUAUGGAUGUAAAAAUAGUGCCUAUGCUUGAGCCCAACAGUAGCACGUCAGCAGCUUCUGAGACAGUUGCUGUCCCCAAAAGCCCUGUGAUCAGAACACCUAGUUCGCAGCGUUCUCGGCGGUCCAGUACAACUACUCGUACUCCUGCUGUUGUUGUUAGCAGUUCAUCAAUGGAUGACUUUGAAAACCUCUUAGAUGAAUUUACUGACGAUCGGCUGGAGGACGACUUGGAAUUGGACCCAGGCAAAGGAGAAGACGACCUCCUUUUAGAACUUUCCGAGAUGAUCGACGGUUAGACAUUGAGCGUUUACAUCCCUUCACUUACAGGCCUGUGCCCUCUGCCCUAAAACCCACUGCCACUAAGGAUUAGAAAGGCCUUCAUGACUUAUUUUAGUCAACAGCAUUUUAAAUUAAAAUGUUUUAUUUGCAAACUCAUAAAUGUCUGUUGUAAUUACCCUUUUUAUUUUCAUGUUUUUUUGUCAAUGUAAAUGAUUUUUUUGUCAAUUAGUGCUCAAGUAACUGUCCCCCCCCCCCCCUCAUUUUUCUUAAAUUUUACUUAUUGUUCUUACUUUGACUUCUGUCAAAAAAGGAAAAAACUUUGUUCUGAUAUUGCAGGUAUUGUUUAACAAGCCACCAUAGUAUCAGCCUCAGGUUAAUUGUGUUGGAAGUCAUAGAUAGCACUAGCACACAAAUCGUGUUACAAAGACAGGAACUUUUCACUUGUGUACUAUGUAUACUGAAAGUAGUUUUUUAUUAGGCACAGCAAGACUACACCUUUCUUAAAAUUGUCUUUGAUUCACAUGUAUUUAUGAAGUGAGUCAUUAAAUGUUCAUUUGCCCGUGUUUGAGAAGAUUAUUUUAAUGGAUAAUUUCCCUCAUCUUUGAUCUAGCAUAGGACAAUAUUUCUGUCCCUCUUGUUUACUGAUCUUACAUAGAACUAAAGGAAAGGGAUUCUGCAUUUUAAUUUUUUUCCUUUGGGCAGAAGCAAUGCUAGCGCAAAUUUUACAAACAUUCCCUUGGGACUGUCUCUAAAUUUUCUCCUCGAGUAGGUUAUGUGAAUUUGAUUUAAAGUAUUAGCAGUCAAGUUCCAUCUCAGACUUCUGAUUUCAGUGGGACAAAAUGUAAAUAUAGAAAAGCUGUGUUCUCAGGGAAAAUGUUUCUGCUUAGGAACUGCUUGCUUACCUUUUAUAUCCUUUUCAUGUUUUAUUUGGAAGAGUCUUGCCCGUCCAUGUCAUCCUCGCUUAGCCUUUUUAUUCAGUUUGAACUUGAAAUUGCGUAAUUCAUUUAGAACUGGGAUCUGAAAUGUAUUUUCUGCUGGAGUAUGUGCCUAUACUUGAAUGGCACCUCUACAAACCAUCACUGUAAAUAAAAUGUCUUUAUGAGAAUAUA